UGUCGGCAAUCAAUCGAUAGGCGAACCGUUGCUAGGCAACGAUCACGUUGCAAAAUAAACAAUCAGAUCGAGGACCGGCCGUGAGCAAAUUUACUUUCUUAUUUUAUUACUCGUGUCAACAUUUUAGAUAUUAUCCGAUUUGGUGUAUCAUGUUUUAAUACGUAUAUUCUAUUAUCGAAAUGGUAUUGUUGCCGCCGUGCGUCCCCGAACUUUGCGGGAAGGAUUUCCGACAUUCUUUGAAGAAGCCGAGUCCCAAUUAUCCGUAUGGGCACAAGAAGAAAGUUCGGGUUGUGCCCGCCUUCACGAUUCAAGCGAUGCAGAAGAAUACUAAAGUUGUGCCGCCUCCGAAAUGCGGUGUGUUCGACCCGCUGCCGGCGAGGCCGACAAUGUUCAGGAGAUGUUAUCAAAGGGGCGAAUUUCCCGUCUCUAUUGAGUUCACUAGUAGCGGGAAACGUCUCCAAUGGAAGGUACCUAUAGAGAAGUUGGAUUUCCAUCACUACCUCCCAAUGUUCUUCGACGGUCUAGCAGAGGGCACAUACCCUUUUAACUUUAUCGUCGAGAAGGGAAUCCACGAUCUGGUGACGAAAGGAUCGUAUAAAAUACUCCCGGUGGUACCUCAGCUAAUCAUACCUAUUAAAAAUGCGCUGGCGACGAAGCGUCCCACGGUGUUGUGUCAUGCCCUCAAGUGUAUACAAAUGUUGGUUACUGGCAGCGAUAGAGUAGGAGAGGCUUUGGUGCCCUACUACAGGCAGAUAUUGCCAGUGCUCAACCUGUUCAAGGAUAGGAACCGUAACAUGGGAUCAGGUAUAGACCACACAUCAUCAAGAGGGGAAAACGUAGCUGACCUGAUCGAGGAGACCCUGCAAAUACUAGAACGCUAUGGGGGACCAGAUGCCUUCAUCAAUAUUAAAUACAUGAUACCGACUUAUGAAUCAUGCGUACUGAAUUAG